UGGGAGACAAUAUCUCGGCGUCUCGUUCAUCCAGAACACCGGAACCGGACCCUGAUGACCGACGUAAGACCCGUCGCUGGGCGACGUCGACCUCCUGGCCACCUCUUCUCAGCAAUCUCAUGCGUUGCUUGUUGAAUUGUUCAGUCUAUCCAUCUUGUCUCGGGCUCCAACAACGCUCGUGUUGCUAAUCUCGUCCUCUACGCACACCUCCGCCGACCACUCCUCCCUCUCCCUCUUGCCCCGUACACGCCCAUCGCAUACACUCCCACAAUGCGCGCGCCCCUCGCGCUCGUCGCGCUCCUUCCUCUAGCUCUCGCACACGGCCAUCAUGCCGCUGUAGACAUCGACCCCAAAGUCCCCAUCGACUGGAUCAUGUACACCCAUAUGGUCGUGCAAACGUUCGUGUGGGCCAUCCUCUUCCCGAUCGGCAUGGUUCUUGGCCUGUCCAAAUCGCGCUUUCAUGUCCCUGUCCAAGCCGUCGGUGUCGUCGCAACGCUCGUUGGGUCCUGGCUGGGGCAUCACCAUGGCGGGCGCGAGUUCCCGGCCACCGUACACAGCAUCAUGGCCAAAAUCGUCUUCUGGGUUCUCAUGGUGCAGACAGCGUGCGGAGUGUUCCUCAGACUGCAUGUCCUCGAGAACACGGUGCGGCCAUGGGUCAGACGCGUUCAUGGGCCGUUGGGGAUGGCGUUCCCCAUCAUUGGAUGGACGCAAAUUCUCAUGGGCGUCGUCACGGCGCUCGGCUUUUGCCGCGGCGGCGAGAUUAACCAGUGCCUCGCGCACUACAUCAUGGGCUCGGCGUUCAUCGGCUACGCCGCCAUCCUCGUUAUCAUGCUCAACGUCGGAGGGGGCUGGCUUGCGCGACGCGGCUUCAGUCAGGAGAUGCUCGACUCAAGCGUGAUUCUCCUGUGGGGCAUCAUCAACACGUUCACGGAACACCAGGGCGGGCCAUGGACGCACAAGGAUAUGCAGCACACUAUGAUGGGCGUGCUGUGGUGGGCUGGCGGCCUUCUCGGUGUCUUCCUCAGCCGCAAGGGCAAGCGCUGCUUCGUGCCCGCCGUCAUCAUCAUCAUGACGGGGUGGGGGAUGAGCGCGCACCAGCAAGAGCUCAUGAUCUCGUCCAAGAUACACAGCAUGUUCGGGUACGCGCUCAUCCUCGCGGGCGUCCUGCGCGUGAUCGAGGUCUGCUUUGUGCUGCACGACGGCCCAACGCCCUCGCCCACCGUCCGUGUCUUCCAGCACCUCCCACCGUAUCUGCUCACGUUGGGCGGAAUCAUGUUCAUGUCGGCAACGCACGAGGAGAUGAAGAACGCGGACGCCCUCGGCAUCGACCACGUCACGUACGCCCUUUUCGACUUCUCCCUCUCAUUCCUCGUCUACCUCGUCAUCACCUUCCUCGUGCAUCUGUACGCGAACUCGGGGCGGAAUGCGGCGUUGAAUGAGGCCGAGGCGGGGUAUGCCAAACUCACGCAGCGCGAGGAGGUUGCCGAGGGCGCCGAGAUAUUUGAGCUUACCGAAGCGAAUGGGAGCGAGGACAGCGUGUCGACGGGCGAGUCGGAUGCCGUUAAGAUCGGCGGGGAGGACGAAGUUGACUGGAUGCAGCACGAGGGAAGGCGGGGUGGCUUGCGGCUGUAGCAGUUGUUAUUGUCUGUCAGCAGGUAAUCCUCUUGUAUCGUUAUGAGUUAUGUUGCUGCGUCAAUGCCGUGGAAGGUUGAGUUCUCUUGACCUCAGUCGCCACUCCAUGUAUAUUUACUUGCGG